AAUACCUACCUAAUUAGUGAGUCUUAUUCAGUUUAAAAUUAUACUUUAUUGGAAAAAUGCGUCACCCAUCAUCAAACGCAGUGUAUUCUUACAUUGAAGAAUUGUCUUACAACGUCGUCGCUAAAACUGGUAAACCCAGCGACAGAUAUCAUGUAGGCAAAAUAUUGUUACAAAGUUUAAAAGAUGCCCCUAGUAACAAAAUAUUGCAGAUAGACGGAACUACUGGUGAGGAAGAUACAUUUAAAUCCGCACUAGAGAGAUCCACACGAUGUGCAACAGCCUUCAGAAACCUGGGUCUUCAGUAUCAAGACGUGAUUCUUAUCAUGGCACCAAAUCACAUUAACUUGGUCAUACCGAUGUAUGCAGCUUUGUUUCUUGGAAUUAAGGUUGCAGGAGUUGACAUGACGUUAGGAGUUAACGAACUUCAACAUACGUUUAAGUGUUGUGUUCCCAAAAUAGUUUUCUGCCAAAACUCGAAAAUUGAAACCGUUCAAGAAGCGUUAAAUUUGCAAAACAUAUCCGCUCAUAUUAUAACAUUUAACGAGAACAAUGAUAUUUUGAGUUUAUCAAAAUUUCUCGAUCAAUAUGGCGGUCAGGAGGCACCAGAAAAUUUCCUACCAGCUGAAUUUAAUCCUGUUGAAACAUAUGCCUUUCUAGUGACAACCAGUGGUUCUACCGGACUACCUAAAACAGCUGCACUAAGUCAUAAGAACGUUAUCAUGAGCUUUCCUCUUUUAAUGACUAUUCGUACAGAGUUUCCUACUCCAGUGAAACUUGGAUUAGUUGUUUCUCCCAUACAAUGGUUGUCGUCAACUUUUUCAUUUAUCAUGGGACCUAUAUUGAGAUAUACUCGAUUACAAACGUCGUCUCUACCUACUCCAGAGCACGUUCAUUCUUUAAUCAACAAAUAUAGACCGGAUUUUGCAAAUAUGAGCCCUACAUUUUUGAUAUCGCUUUUGAAAACUGGUGAGCAAGAAAAAUGUGAUUUCUCAUGUCUCCAGUACAUGUUAGUCGGUGGUAGUGUCGUGACUGCUGAUCUUCUUGAAGAAAUGCAGAAAAUAAAUCCGAAAUUGAAAAUUGGAGUAGUUUACGGUCUAACAGAAACAACGGGAGCCGUUUUUGAUUCUGCCUAUUCCCCAAUAAAAUCAGUUGGUAGACCAAUGCCAUUUUUGCAGUACAAAUUAGUGGAUCCUACCACAAAUGAAGAAAUAAAUGAAGCUAACGUACCAGGGGAACUGCUACUAAAAGGACCGACUAUAUUUAAGGGUUAUUACAACAACCCUGAGAUGACAGCAGCUGCUUUCAAUGAAGAUGGAUGGCUAAAAUCUGGAGAUAUAUUAUAUAGAGAUGAAUAUUACAAUUACUAUUUCUACGAUCGCAUCAAAAUGAUACUAAAAUAUAAGAGCCAUCAGGUAUCUCCAGUAGAAAUAGAGUCUGUGAUAAUAAAACACCCAGGAGUGUUAGAUGUAGCAGUGACAGGUAUACCGGACGCCGAGUGCGGGGAUCUGCCUGUUGCUUUGGUUAUACUUCGAGAUGGGCACAAGGUUACCGCACAAGAAAUUAAGGCUCUAGUUAAAGAAUCGCUGACUGAUUCAAAGCAAUUGCGAGGUGGAGUAAUAUUUGUAGAAGAAUUGCCUACGACAUCGACUUCGAAGUUGGACAGGAUUAAAUUAAAGGAAUUGGCGAAGAUACUCAAGAGAGAACAAUAGUUAAAAACAUUUGUCUACUCGGAAACUAGACAUCACGACGCUGGUAUAGUUAUUGUAUGAUAUUGUUGUGUAUUAUUAGGUAUGUCAAAUGAUAUAAACUCUACUUAGUUCUCCAACUUGUUUUAGUUGUCAGCAUUUGAUAUACUAUACUAAUUACUUAAUUUCUCAAUCAGCAUAAGCUAGUCUUAGCUAAUUAAACAUUAUAAAAAACGACAAAUUGUU